AUGGGUCCUGAAGCUGUUGAAUUAUAUAAAACGGUGCCAGUUAAUCUACGUGAUGAAAUUACUCAUAGUUGUAUGUUAAAUACAUAUUAUCAUUCGGGUCUUCUUGAUAAAGCUCGAACUGUUUUUAAUGAAAUUCCUGUUAAAACAGUAAAAAUCAUAAAUAUUAUGAUUGCCUGUUUAAGUCGUUUAUUUUUAUUUGAUGGAACACAGAAAUUGUUAGAUGAAUAUGAAAAGACGAACAUGGCAAGUCUUGUCAAGUAUAUGGCGUUAUUAUAUGGUCUUCGUAAUAGCCGUAAUCGUAUUUUGUCUGAAAAGAUUUAUAAUCAAAUGAAAUCUUUGUUUCUUAAUCAAAAAGAAAAACUUUUAUCCGGUGCAAUUCUUCUUUCAAAUAUCUACUCAUCUAUUGGUGAACAUCAAUUAUCAAAAGACUUUCGAUCUGAUCAAAAAAAAAGGAAUUAG